CGUGCCCACAAAUUAGGAUGCCAAUCGAGCAACUACGUGCUUCCAUGUCCAAAUAUAGCCCGCCUUUGUUUGGGAAGUCCAAACUAUCCAAUUCUGCAGCCACCCCCCUCACUAGAAAACCCACAACCAAACCAUGCAAUAUCCAACAAUCAUUGUUUAGCUCCUCAAAAAUGGCUGUUGCAGACUUGUCCAAGAAGAAUUCUAAAAUACCCAAGAGAUUGGAACCCAAAGAACCUAGCUUCUUUGAUUCAAUCCUAACCAAAUUGUUGUAUAGAGUCCCUCUUGCUCUUCUUCUCUUGAUCCUUGUCUUCCUUUGGUCUUCCUCCACCACCAUUAUUUCCGGCAACAUCCUUCAUGUUUGCGUCUCCUCUCGCAAGCUCAACAACCUCUAUUGUUUGUCUGCCGGGACUCAACCCAACCUCAAAAUCCCAAUUCCAGUCAUCAAUAAUAGUUUCAUUAAUCAUCAAUACUCCAAUCUCGAUAUAAAACAAACGUAUGCAGUUUUGCCAGAAAACUCAAAAAAUGACAUCCCAAAUCAUGAGACACCUGUCACUAUAGUGUCAGAAAACGAUCAAAUGCACGCAGUCUUGUUUGAAAAUCCAGUUGAUCGAAUUGUCGAGAAGGGCAUAACAAAAUACAUGAAUGAAGAGGUGGCAAAUGCUGUUAAGGUUGUUGAAGAACAGCUACAACUACAUCGAUCUUGGGUGUCGAAUUCAAAGCAGGCAACAUGCAAUGGGAGAGGAAUAUAUGUCUAUGAAUUGCCACCAAGGUUCAACAAAGGCUUGACUGCUCAAUGUGGUGAUAUGAUUCCAUGGAUUGAUGAUUUCUGUAAAUACUUGAGCAAUGAAGCAUUGGGAGAGCCAAUACCAGAGCUCGGCAAAGGAUGGUAUCGGACUCACCAAUACUCGUUAGAGCCUAUAUUUCAUUCCCGGGUUCUGAAGCAUCCGUGUCGAGUAUACAACGAAAACGAAGCAAAGCUCUUCUAUGUGCCAUACUACGGAGGACUAGACAUCUUGAGAUGGCAUUUCAAGAAUGUGUCAAAUGAUGUCAAGGACAGUUUGGCACUAGACCUUGUCAAGUGGCUCGAGUCCCGAACCCCCUGGCCGCGGAACUCUGGCAAGGACCAUGUGUUUGUUUUGGGGAAGAUUUCAUGGGAUUUCAGGCGAUUCGACAAUUCUAGUUCGUGGGGGACUAGAUUGUUAGAGCUCAAUCAAAUGCAAAACCCGAUAAAGCUCUUGAUCGAACGACAACCCUGGCACGUCAACGACAUCGGUAUUCCUCAUCCGACCCACUUCCACCCUCAAUCCGACAACGAUGUUGUCGAUUGGCAGCUCAAAAUCAUCAGAUCCAACCGCAAAAACCUCGUGAGUUUCGCAGGGGCAGCCCGCCCUGGCGCCCCUGACAACAUAAGAUCAACGCUGAUCAAGCAGUGCACCAAUAGCGUCGAAUGUCAGCUUCUUAAUUGCAGUUCAGGUGGUUGUGAUGAACCCGAAUCGAUCAUUGAGCUGUUCAUGGAAUCUGAGUUUUGUUUACAGCCUCCAGGCGAUAGCCCGACAAGAAAAUCGGUGUUCGACUCUCUUGUCUCGGGUUGCAUUCCUGUGUUGUUUGAUCCUUUUACAGCUUACUAUCAAUAUCCAUGGCAUUUACCACAAGAUCAUGAGAAAUAUUCAGUGUUCAUAGAUAAAGAGGAGGUGAGAGAAGUGAAUGUGAAUGUUGUAGAAAAGCUCAUGGAAGUUCCUGCAAUGGUGAGAGAGGACAUGAGGAGAUAUAUAGUGUAUGAAUUGUUACCUGGGUUGGUGUAUGGAGAUCCAAAUUCAGAGCUUGAAAAGUUUCAGGAUGCUUUUACUAUAACUGUGAAUAAUCUGCUUGAGAGGGUCAGCAGAUUGUAAUGAUUUGUACUCUCU